CUGUACAUGUGAAGGCUGACUAAGAAGAACAUCAGAGUCUGUCUUAAUAAUCUGUACGGCAUCGGUGGGCUAAUCUCUCCAAGUCAAAAAAGUUCUGCUGUUUUAGACUAACGCUGCUACAGACAUGCUGAGGUUCACCGUUAUUGCCCUGCUCCACAUUAUCUCAGCUGGAAUAUGUGCUGCCCAGUUUCCCCGUCAUCAGUGGCCGGCUAAUUGUGCCCCCUGUGAAACAGUUGUGUGCGCUCCAAAGCCCGCCGGUGGUUGUGCCACAGGCCCUGCUGUGAGGGAUCCCUGUGGAUGCUGUGAAUUGUGCCCCGCUGGCGAGGGCGACCCCUGCGGGGCAGCCAUCCGCUGCGGCCCCGGACUGCAGUGCAUCUUCAAGGAGAAGGUGGAAAAGAAAGGACGAGGGAAGAGUGGGGUAUGUGUCUGUAAAAGUCACUCGGAGGUGUGUGGCAGCGACGGAGUCACCUACCGCAAUCUCUGCGAGCUGAAAGCCGCUAGCUGGAAAGCUCAGAAACGGGGUGCAAGCGAGAUCCGUUCAACAGGGAAAGGUGCAUGCAGCCAGGCCCCCUCCAUUGCAACUCCUCCUCAAAACAUAUGGAAUGUAACAGGAGCACGAGUGUAUCUGAGCUGUGAAACUAUUGGCAUUCCAACUCCAAUUCUCACAUGGAACAAGAUUAAAAGAACGUCAUCUGGAGUACAAAAGACAGAACUGCUGCCUGGAGAUCGUGAAAAUCUAGCUAUACAGACACGAGGUGGACCAGAGAAACAUGAGGUCACAGGGUGGGUUCUGAUCUUUCCUUUAAGAGAGGAGGAUGCUGGAGAAUAUGAAUGCAAAGCAGCAAAUUCAAAGGGAGAGGCUGCAGCCUCUGCUACCAUCACAAUUGUCAAAUCGCUGGACGAAUUACCAGGCAGAAGAGAUCCGGGUAAAGAGCUCUGAAAAAAGAAAAGUCUUGCGCUACUAAAACUCAGAUCUGGUAUUCUUCAUCACUCAACUAAGAAGCUCGAAAGUGCAUUUUUUUAGAAUAACUGCUUAAUUUGCAAAUCUGUAUAAUGUGCUAUUAACAACAUGUAUACAUUUAAAUAAAAUUAUAAAAUGUU